AUAUAUUCUCAACGUAAGUGGUGCAAUCUUUUGGCAUUUGAACUGUUUAUCAGUAGAGCGUAUUACAGGAGCAAAAACUGCACUUAGAUAGAGUCACGGCUAUUCUAUAAACUUGCCAACUCGAAGGAAAAUGUUAAAAAACAGGUGAAUAAUGGUCAUGUGAUGGACUUGUCUGUAGUAAGAUAAUAGGCGAUUUUUGGUUAUGUGACAAGGUUUUUACCAUUGUACCUUUGUGACCAACUUUAGAUUGAAAUAUCACCAUUGUGGCCAUUAUUUAACCGAUAUUUUAUCACUCAAACCAUUCUUAACAUUUGCCCAGUCAAAAUGGUUUCUUACCUAUUAUUUAACCAAGAUUUAUCUAUCAUAUCACCAUUCCUACCAAUUGCCUAGAAUCUGCCCAUUUUAAAUAUUAUUUGACCAUUCUUUGCCCCUUCUUGUCCUAUUGAGUUAGUUGAAAAUAGCUUUAAAGAUGUAUUAGGUCUCAACACUAAAGUAUUGCGGCAUUUUGGCGACCAUAUUGUCUGUUGACAGAGCUUAUUGCAAGGGUAGUGAUAUGUAGCCUGUGUCACGGCUACUCACAAACCCGGUACUCGGAAUAUGAAUUUACCUAAGACUUCACAAUUAUUUUAUAACUUGAGGUUACGUUGAUGUGGUUAACUGCAUAUGCUCAACAAAUCAGGGAAAAUCUGAAGAUCUGCGUGGUUACUGUAGUUUAUUCGUUAGAUUUAUAUGCACAGUUCCGGAAUUAAGUUUCAUUCCUAUGUAAAAUUUGUACUGUGUGAAGAAGUUAUGCUAAUUUUCAAGUUAUUUGUGGUUAGCAGACCCUUGUUCUCUUUUCAUUUAUGCGAUGCAAUUAUCGGUAUAAAUGCUAUUAAUGAGUGCUUUCGGCACUCCAAUUAAUGACGCCAGUUAUUAAUUAUAUAGCUUUAGUACUCGAUAGAAUUCAUUUUCUCUGCGUUUAAUCUGCCACAGGUAUCCAGAUGAUGUAGUAUAUUCAACGAGUUUAAUGGUAGUUUCAUGUUAAAGAGAAAGAGAACACGAUUUGUUAGUCAUUUGGCUUCAUGGAUAAUUAUAGUAAAAGUAUAAGAUAAUGCGAGAUACUCCGAUCGAGAUGGAUUGUUGAAGUUUUUCUGGGAAGAUAUAACUGGCAUAGUGAAUGAAGUCACAUAUAAUAGUGGUUGUAGAUGACACUAGACAAAAGCCGUAGUUUGUUGUGGGUAGAUUGAACGAUAAUGUGCUUGCUGCGUAGUGUGAUGAUACUAAACAUUUCGAUUCUCAAUAUUAUAGAUUGUCAAAUAUGGUUGAAAGAGUUGCUCAGCGUUCCUUAAUUUCCAAAGCUUUUUUCUCUUUAUCCUUGAAUUUAGAGUAGAUGUAAACUAGUCAUGUAAUAUCGUUAUAUUUUGUGACUGACAGGAGUAAACCAAGUUUUUUUCAAGGUGUUCAGAAACUGCAUAGCUGUUAGCUGCGUUUCCUGGUAAGUCAGUCCCUGAGAUGUCAAGGUCUUUAAGGAUAGGGAAAGCGUUUUAUUUCAAUCCAGGCUUUUCUAUGAUCUUCGUUUUCUCACCAGCUGCUGAAGUGAAGAAUAAGUUUUGCGGAAAACUUUAGUUCAGUUCUGACUAGCACAGUGCUAAGAUAUUGUCUCUCGGCAGGUGAUUUCAGUGCUCCUUCAAGAAAUCUGGGUCAGUUUGAAAAGUGUGUUGGAGAUUCUACCAUACGAAAAAGGUCGGUAGGAUAGCAAUGAGAUAGUUAAUGAGAUAUUAGAUAAAUUUGAAAGUUCAAAUAAUCCAACUCAAAAAGAGAAAUUUGAAGGUGAUUUAAAAAAAGAAAUUAAAAAACUUCAAAGAUUAAGAGAUCAAAUUAAAACAUGGAUAACAGCUAGUGAAGUUAAAGAUAAGCGACCUUUAUUAGAAGCACGUAAAGAAAUAGAACAAGAUAUGGAAAGAUUUAAAGUUAUCGAAAAAGAGACAAAAACUAAAGCCUAUUCUAAAGAAGGUUUGUUAUCUUCAGAAGCUAAAAAAGACCCAUUACAAAAAGAGAAAGAAGAAUUAGAUGAAUGGUUAAAACAGUGUAUUAGUUCAUUAAAUACUCAAACAGAAAAGUAUGAAUUUGAAAUUGAAAGCCUGUCAAAUAAUAAUAAAAAGAAAAGGAUAGAUAAAGAAACAGCUCUGGCUAUCGAUGAAAAACGUCAACGUUUAGAAAUGUGUUGCUUUCAUGUCGAAAAGCUUGAAGCUAUCAUGCGUUUACUAGAUAAUGAACGAUUAGACUGUACAAAAGUUAGAUCAAUUCAAGAGUCAAUUGAAUAUGUAAUCGAUUGUGGAGAUAAUCAAUCUAUGCUUGAUUUUAAAAAUAUCUAUGAUGAUUUAUGCUUGGAUGAGUUAGGCGAUUCCACUGGAAUAACUGCUGCUGCUUCAGGUACUGUCACUGUUAAUCAAGAGCAUGAUUUAAAUGGUGUAAUUACUCCUGUUGCCAACUUGGUAAAUUCUCGAGUUGGCAACGAUGAUGCUGGUUCAUCAGCAUCAACGCAUACAAGUACUUCCAAUCAUACUGACUCUUCAGUUAAUCAUCCAGGAUCAUCAGCUUCCUCAAAUGCUUCCUCCUCACGGGAACGUGCUAAAAGCGAUGAAAAGAUUUCUUUAUUACCGCAUGUAUCCGCUUCAUCGACUAGUACACCUGUGAAAUCUAAUACAGGCGGUUCAACUGGUAAGCAUAAAUCUAAUAGUUUAGCUAAUCAAACUGCUCCUGCUCUUAUGUCUCAAGUUGUCGCUGGUGGUACGCCUAAUAAGUCUGGAAAGUCGAAUACAAGCAGCCAUAUCUUGCCAGCAAACUGUACUAUAAAUAAUAUGAUUGAUUCGAAUACAGUGAAACCUACUGCUUUGGAUUCACAAGUUGUCGGUGACGAUUCUUCGCGUAACCAGAAAAAUGAUAGCAGUCAAAAAAUUACUGAUCGUUCUAAUACUACAAAUCCUCAGUUGCAAUCACACAAUAAUAAAAAUACACCAAAUGAUGAUGUAAAUUCACUGUCACCUAUCUCCUCAAUGACAGUAACAAAUUCAACCUCUCCGGUGCCUAAUCAUGCGUAUACCACCACUCCACAUCCCAAAGAUGAUUUAUCUGUGAUUAAUAAUCGAGAAGAAUUUCUCACAGUUUGUCAGCCUUCGUGUAUUUCAAAUUCUUCAGUGAACUCUGCAUCACCUGUUACAAUCCGAAGUAAGUCAUCUGAAGUGAAUAAAACUACUGGAGUUACAAAUGUUUACAAUAAUACAAUACUUUCAACAUCCUCUGAUGCAGCUGAACAUGUUAAUCAUACACCACCGAGUUUGUAUUCAGCAGCUAUGCUGGCAGCUUCUCAGGAUAAACAAUUGUCAUCAUUACUUGCCGGCUCUCAGCAUCCAUCUUUAGUACGUGGAGGAGGUUCAAGCGCCAUGGAUCCUUCAUUGUCUGCAGUUUCUAUGUCUAACAAAUUCCAAUCUGUAUCCAGUAGUAGUGCUACAUCUUUACCGCUUUCCUCGUCUGUAAUGUCAACAACAACAGCAACAACAACCAUUCCUCAAGCACAAUCGUCUUAUUUAGGAAUGGACAAUCAGGUAUCCAGUCUACAACCACCACCAUCAUUACACUCGCAACAGUUGAAAAAUCAUCCAAGCAGUCCAAUUCAUGCGCAUAUGCAUCCACGUGAUGCAGCAGCUCCAUUCCGAAAUAGAAAUUUAGAUAAACCUAAAGGAGCUGUUCCACAGGAGCUUCUUCUACAACUUCAAGCCUUAGAAAGUGGUUAUCGUCGGCUACCGCAUCCUUGUGAUACAGAACGAUCACGUAUGAUUGUAUGCAAAAAUCCUGUGAAUUGUCCAAGUUAUUAUCCACGUGAACCAUUAGUUGGUACAGAUAGUGAAGAAUACUAUAUGAAAUUAGAUGCACAAACCUUGUUCUUUAUAUUCUAUUAUUUUGAAGGCACUAAAGCACAAUAUUUAGCUGCUAAAGCCUUGAAACGUAUGUCAUGGCGAUUUCAUACCAAAUUUAUGAUGUGGUUUCAACGUCAUGAAGAACCGAAACAAAUUACAGAUGAAUAUGAAUCUGGAUCAUAUAUUUAUUAUGAUUUUAGAACAAUGCGACAACGAAAAAAAGAGGAGUUUAUGUUUCAUUAUAGUUUUCUAGAAGAUAAAGACUUUUAGUAUGUAGUGAGUGAGUGAGUGGUAGCUGUCCCCAGUGUGAGUAGUCGUGUGCGUGUAGCGGUGUUAUAAUAAUAAAUUUGAACUUUAUUUUUUCUUUCAUUUUUUUUUGGUACUGUUUUGUGAUUUUCAACAUAUCUUUCCCUGUUCCCGUUUUUUUUUACUAUUAAUGUACAAUACUUACUGUGUAGUGUUGUGUAGAGUUGAGUAGAGUAGUGUAGAGUGGAGUGAAGUAUACUGUGAAGGAAUGGCGAUAAUAUUUCAUGUGUACAAUGAUGAGAAACCAGAACUGGUGUCUACCUACUUUACUGACGAAGUAACUAACUAAUUAACCAACAUUGUUUGUAUUUUUUUGCCAAUUCAAUCUGUGUUCGUGUGUGUAUGUGUGUGUGUGUAAUCGCUCCUCACCCCCCGUACCCCCUAUUUUUUAUGUUUUUGUUCCUGCCCACCCCCCGCAGCAAUUCCACCCAAUAUACCACUAUUACUACUGCUCUUUUAUUCCCAGAAAUGUGAAACCCCUUGUGUUUUUGGUCGAUUGGGAGUCGUCUUUUGUGAAUAAUAAUUAGUACUACUAUUUAUCUUAUUACUACUGUUAUUAUUAUUACCCUACAAUAUUGAUAAUUAUCAGUGAUAUUCUUAACUAUGCAUAUAUAUACAUAUACAUAUACAAUAAUAUUUCGCUCAAAAUCCUUACUUACUUCAGUGUAUAUCGAUCACAGGCACACACACACGCACAUACAUACACAGUCGACCAAUCAGUCUGUCCUGUUCUUUGUGAAUUGUGUAGAAAUUGUUUUCAACCAGUGUACUUUCUGAUCUAUAUAUAUAUAUAUAUAUAUAU